UCUCGUAUUAAUGCCACAGCCCGCAUCUACUCAACCCAAAAAGUUUGAACUCUCUCUCACUCGGCGACACUGCUGACGGAAGUAAUGGAGAUGCUUGCGAAAGCAAUGCAGUGAAGAUUUCCCACGGUUACUGUUUCGGUCGAAAACCAGCAAGCGAACGAGCGAGAGGAGUCGCGGAAGCGGAGGCCGAUUAGAGUAAUGCCGCUCGUCCGGCUCCAGGUGAGGAAUGAGUACCGGCUGGGAGACGCGCGGCUCUACGAAGGGCCUUCCAAGAAAGACGACCCCAAGGCCACCUUGGAUGGCACCGCCGUAGCCGGCCUCGUCGGAUUGCUGCGGCAGUUGGGCGACCUCGCGGAAUUUGCUACAGAUGUCUUCCAUGGGUUGCAUGAGCAAAUAACUGCAGUGGCUAGCCGGAGGAGUAAAAUAUUUACAAGAAUACAGAACAUAGAAUUUGCACUUCCAUUUAUUGAGAAGUCUGUCAAAGGGCAAACCCGCCACAUACAUUUUGCAUAUGUUGCAGGUUCCGAAUGGCAUGCCCAUUUUCAACACAAGAAAAGUCAUCUUGUAGUUCAUGACUUGCCAUGCUUCAUGCUGGAAGCAUAUGAAGAAUGUCGUGAACCACCUCGGUUGUACUUGCUUGACAAAUUUGAUCAUGAAGGUGCUGGAGCGUGUUUGAAGAGGUACUCAGAUUCAUCUCAUUUUAGAAGGGAAUGGUGUGCAUCAGAACUGGGUAAAACUGGAAAUUCACAAAGAGGAAAAAAAGUUCACAAAGCCAAGAGAAAGGGAUUACAAAUUAGAGAUGAAGAAUUUCAAAGUGCACUCUACAUAUCCUGCAGAAAUACCAGUCAUAGAUCAAGGUUUGCAUCUCCCAGCAGUGAUGGCUAUAGCUCAGCAACUGAAAAUGCAUUUGUGCGUGAACCAGGCAUAAACUCGGAAAUUUCUAGUAGAUCUCCAUCAUUUGGAUCCAGGGUCAGAGUAGAAAAUUUAGAUGUAGAUAAUUUGGUGGUUCAUAGUGAUCUAGAUAGCAAUGAACUUUUGGAUUCUUUGAUUCAAUGCAAUAAAACUGACUUAACAACAGGUGUUCCAAAUCAAAAUUCAGAGGGGAAUGAACUAAGUGAUAACCAUAAACAAGAAUCAGUGCAUAGAGAAAAUGUUAGCAGAGUAUAUUCAGUCACAUGGGAUGACAAAACUGAAAUUGUUAAACCUAGAAGUCCAGCACCAAGAGGUAUGGUUCUUGGUCAUAUGAUUGAGGCACAAUUUCAACAUGUAAGAACUGCAACAAAGGAGUGCAACAAUAAUGAAGCACUCGAUCAAGCAUCCAUCUUGAUGGAUACUAGUAAAUUUCAUGGGUCAUUACCUAGAGAAAAUAACUUCAACAAAAUGGCGAGUGUCAUAGACAGCUUUGUUGUUGCUCACAAUAAAUUGGAGUCUGAUGUAGAGAAAGAAGUUAAGUGUCAAAUGAAACCUGAAGUUAACUCCACUUCUCAAGAAAUGCAGGACAAAACUCCAUCAAAUCUUUUGUCUAAUGCAUCAUACAGUUCUCUGAGCCAUGCUUCUUCCAUACUUCCUCCAGGCAACUCCAACCAUAUGCAUCCUGGUAGAAGAUUUUCCAGAUCUUGUCAAAAUAAAGAAUAUCCAGAUAAUGUGAUGGAUGAUGUAAAUGGAUCCAACACAUCAAAGUUAGAACACUUUCCUCUUGGUAAUGCAUCUUAUGCACCUUCUGUAAAACUUUGGUCUAAUGGUGGUCUUUUCAGAGUUGAGCCUUCAAAACCUUUAGAUCCUCGGGUUUUACAUAGUUCUAGCACAGAUCCAGUAUCUGAUUCUACAACUUCUAUGUUUAGUUUACCUAAAUAUGUUCUUAAGUCUUGGAAGAAUGAAUCAGAAACCAUUCCAGAUGCAAAAUUUUCAUUCAGUGGCACUACAUCAGGGGUUUCCAGUUCUUCAAAGUAUAAUGAUGGAAUUUAUCUUGGUUCAAGUUCUUUGGCUCAGAGAGAUUCAAAUGCUACUCUGUUUCCAGCUAGGGCUUAUAUUCCUGUUCAAUUAAAUGGUUCUUCUAAAGCUCUUUCAUCUUGCAACGGAAAUCAACAGCGUGAUAUUGAAUUUAAGCAGAAGUCACAUGCUUCAAAACCUCUUCCAUCAGGAAUAUUUGAUAUGAAUCAAGUCAAGGACACUAUUGGCACGGAUCAAAGUUUCAUUGAAACUGUUGCGGCCACAACCACUGGUACUGGAAAUGGAACUUCAUCAGCCAGGUAUCAUUCAUUUGGCAGAAACACAAAGUAUAUAUCUUCUGGUUUUUCUGAAUUUGCUCCGAGCUUUCUUGCACACUCUCUUCAACAGAAAUUAACAAUUACAAAGACCGGUAGUCAUUCACCUACUGAUGAGAAAAAGAAAUCUGAGGAAAUCUCAUGUAUAAAUAAAAAUAAAGAAGCUUGUGAAACAUUGAUAAAGAUCUCAAAUUCAAGUUACUCCAAACAGGCUUCUCCACCUAUCACAGAAAUGAAUGCAUCUUUUCAACAUGGUAAUGGUUCAGGAAACUCCAAAGUGACACUGAAAGUCUUGGAGAGCAGUCCCAAUGAAAAUAAUGAGGACUUUAUCAUCCCAUCAUUUCAAAUGCUUCACGGACUAGUUGAUCCCUCACCAGAUAUUGUUUCAGAGUUUGAUGAUGAUACAUUUAGUAGAUCCUGUUCUUAUACUUCAGAGAAUAUUGUCAGCCCUCACACAAAUUCUAAUUCGGAACUGUGGGCAAAUGAUGAUAAAAGUGAAUGUGAAAAUCAUGAAUUUUGUGAUGACUCACACAAAAAUCCACUGUCCAACAUCUCCUUUUCUAGCUGUAUGAAUUUUCAGCCAAUUAGCCAUUUCAACAUGGACACAGCAAAUGAAUUGCAUAAUUAUGUUGGUAACAGUCAUGUGAGUGAUCCUUAUGUGCCAGCUUUUGACCUUCCAGAUCCAGAUUCUUCUACAUCCUUGAGAAACCAACAAGGAAGACAUGAUUCUUGGACAUUUAACUUGACAAGUUUUGAAUUGCAGACAACUGGCAUGCCGCCUCCACCACCUCUUCCCCCAAUGAAGUGGAGACUAUCACAGACAGCAUUGGUAGGAGAUGAUGAGGUUGCUAGCAUUGCUCAUGAAACCAAACAUCUGAAGGGUCCACAAGUUCCUAAAAUUUCUUUUCCUUGUCAACAAGACCAAGAUGCAUCAAGACCAUGUCUUGCUGAGUCAAAGCAAGUUCAGGUUAAGUUUAGUGUGCAGAAGGAUCCAAGGUAUGGAAUCAGUAAUAAGGAGCUCAACUUAAGGGAGGAGUUGCUUCGUGAAAUCAAGAACAAGUCAUAUAAACUGAGAAGGACUACCUUGUCAAGAUCAAAUUUUCAUCAACAAGAUGUGGCAACAAACCAAUGCUAAAUUGCUAGCGUCUGAAAGAGAAGGCAAGCAAUAUCACCAUCUGAUGUCCUAUGUUUCUGAAGUUUAUUUUCUGCCAUUUUCUUUAGUUGCAUAUUGGUCUAUCUCAAGCAAUACUAUCUCAUGAAGCAGUUGCUGAUACUGGACGAUAAUGAUGGUAGUGAUGAUGGCUGAAGCUUCUUAUGUUAUUUUAAUCUGUUAUCACUGUGUAUUAGUAUCCUUGCUCUAAGUCACCUUCCAGCAUCCUGAAUCAAGUUUAAAAUUGUGUAUACCAGCAAUUCCUCUACUGUAAAUAUAGUUUCUUAGGUUUUAUUCCUUGGGCUUUCCCUCGCAUAAUAAGAUUAUUGAGAAUUCGAGAUCCCAUAUGAUGCUGGGACUUUGAUGUCAUUUGUAUUCUCACCAGGGCCCACAUUGGGCAACAAAAUAAGAAUGCUAUGAUGGUUGGGUUUUCUGAUCGGAAGCUAUGCUGGAUGUUUGAUGAUAUAAGAAUGUCA